AUGUCUGCAGUGGGCGAACCAGAUGUGCGAUUUCAAGACAGGCAUCGCACCUUUGGAAGCCGUGGCAAGAGCUCGCAACUCGCCUACGUCUGGCUCGGUGCGAAUCGGACAGGGCCCGACAAGUAUGACAUCACCUGGCUCGACGGGACCUCCGUUAGCUAUUCGAAUUAUGACCCGGCCGUUUUUGAUGACUGGCACGGAGUCGAACCCUGCCUUCAGAUAGACAUGUCAAAUAUGUGGAAUGAUGCGGGGUGCGGCGUCAGCGCUCAUCUGAUAUGCCAGAAACCGGUGAAAUGGAUCGACCCGGAUGGUAAUGAAGUUCAGCUACCCUUGCUCGCCGGC